GGAGGUGGGAGAAAAGGGCUUUUUCGGCUCUGCAGGUGGGUCAGGAUUUCUGCUGAGCAGCAUCACGAGAAGGGAAGGGUUGCAUGAAGAAUUAAAGAUGGCAAAAAACAGUGAUGGGAUACACAUCUUGCAGGGUCUAUUAGUUUUUGGGAAUGUCGUCAUCGGGAUGUGUGGCAUUGCCCUGACAGCAGAGUGCAUCUUCUUUGUGUCUGAUCCCAAUGGUCUCUAUCCUCUGCUGGAAGCCACAAAAAACAACGACAUCUACGCUGCUGCUUGGAUCGGCAUCUUUGUUGGCUUUGCACUCCUUGCCCUGUCUAUCCUUGGUAUCAUUGGAGUCAUAAAGUGCAACAGGACCUUGCUGCUGGUGUAUAUUAUUCUCAUGCUGAUCACAUAUGCUUUUGAAAUGGCUUCUUGCAUCACGGCAGCCACUCACCGAGAUUUUCUCACUCCAAAUCUCUUCCUGAAGCAAAUGUUGGAGAGGUAUCAGAAUCCUGAUACAAACAGUAACAAUGACAAAUGGAUGACUGAAGGGGUCACAAAUACAUGGAAUAAACUCAUGCUUCAGAACCAGUGCUGUGGGGUGCAGGGCCCCUCCGACUGGCAGAAGUACACGUCCGCCUUCCGCAUGACGCACAGCGAUGCCGACUUCCCUUGGCCGCACGAGUGCUGUGUCACGGAUCAACAGCGGUCUCCCGUCAACCUCAACGCCUGCAAGCUUGGAGUCCGUGGCUACUAUUACGACAAAGGUUGUUAUGAUGCUAUUUCUGGGCCAAUGAACACACACGCCUGGGGUGUUGCCUGGUUUGGUUUUGCCAUCCUCUGCUGGACUUUCUGCGUCCUCCUUGGUACCAUGUUCUUCUGGAGCAGAAUUGAAUACUGAAGGCCCAGUGUCCUCAGCGCUGUCCUGAAGCACCAUGUGAAACUGCAUUCAUUCUUCUCCUGCUCCAUCCUCCAUGUGCCAUGAAGGAUUUGAAGAUUUCCCACUACCUCUCCCAUAUAUACUUUUGCCCCUCCAAAAACUUGACACACUGAGCUGGUGACUCCAGGAAAUAAUCUUGCCCCUUCUUUGCCCCUUUUUCUUCAGCCUUAAUGCCUCCUGGCUGAGGCACAAUCCUUCUUUGGCUCUACAAGAAAUCCCUGGAGCAUAAUAUAAGUGUUCUGAUUUGUUCUGUGAUGACAUCAGCAAGGAUAAUGUCCAUAUAUGCUUGCUCCAGAAAAAUGUCUCUCUAAAACCAGGCUGAAUGUAAACCAUAAUGCUAAAGGCUCCAGCAAGGGCUAUGUGAGAAAAACUAUAACCUCCUGUGACCAAUAAAGAUGAAUACUGCAAGAGAGAAGACUGCAGACCUCUCUAAUAUGUUUUUAUUGUUCAACUUCUGUUCCUGGUCUCUGUCACCUCUUGCCUCAGAAUAAGGCGUAUUCUCUAAGAGUUUAAGUGUGUCAGCAGCAAAGACAUGUCACAGAUAAAAAGUCUGUUGCUAGUCAAGCCCAACAAAAGGCUAGCUCACUCCUCAGCAAUGUGCUGCCUAUAUCCAAGUCUACCUCUUCUCUCUGAUGAACCUACUGCCUGGCUUCUGCCUUCAGAAGUGCCAGCCCAGAAAAAACUCCUCUUGCUAACAACUGACUCCUCGAGAAGUCGUCCAUGUACUUCUCACAAGGUUUUACACUUCUACAGGCUAGACUUCUUGCAGAAUAUGAGGUCCUGUGCAGCAGCUGGCUUUGUGGAAGUGGCUGUCCCAUGCCCCUAGGUUAGUACCCUUCUUGCUCCAG